AUUGAGUUUGUUGCAUCGCCAUGAUGCGUUCCAGCAAAGGAUGAAGCAGAUGGCCACCCGAACACUCGCCCGCCGGCGGAGGGCCUUCGCCACACUCGCCAGACGCCACGACCACGCACACACCGUCCUCCCAUCCACCUCAUUCGCACACACAAGACGGGCACAGCACACACAGGCCGACCAAGCGGCACACAGUGGACACAAUGAUCCCCAUCCCGGCAAGGCGCCACAACCACAACCGGGCUUCCUGCAACAGUACAUGCAGACUGUCGACAGCAUGACAGCAGUCAACCACCACCAGCAGCAGCAGCAGCAGCAGCCGGCUGGUCCGUCGAUGGACUUCCCGACGGAGAGUAUGGGUCAUUGCAGUGUGGAAGAUGUGGCGGUGCUGCAGGCGUCUUAUGCGGCGGAGUGGGUGAGCAGCCCGCUGAGCGUCCACGAGAAGGACGUCCUGCAGCAGCGGUGGAUUGCUAUGACGCAGGAUGAGGCGUGCUGCAGAUUCCUCAAGGUGACCACACCAGACCAGACACACAGUCCGGCAGCCAGCCAGACACACAGACACACAGACAGACCCACACCACCUGUGGUGCAUGCCCCGUGUGUCUGUGUGUCUGUGUGUGUGUGUGUGUGUGUGUCUGUAGGACAAGUGUGACAUCCCUUUGUUCUUCUUGAAGGACCGGCGGCUGCAGCAGCGCUUCUGCCUGUACGUUAACAACGCCCCCCCACUGCUCAAGGACCUGCGCGCAUCCCUCCUCGGCCUCUUCGACCCACACAAGGCCGACCUGCGCAACGACAAAACAUACAACAUGGUGGAGUGAGUCAGUCAGGAAGUGCCAGUGUCACGCCACGCCCACACAGAGAAUGCAUGCCCGCUCUAAUCGCUUUCUGUUCAGAUGCUGCAAUCGGUGGAUGAUGGCUCUCCAGCACCAGCACCAGCACCACCAACAGCAGCAGCAGAAUGGUCGUCAGGACGGCGGGAGAUAAUGGACCAAGCGUCAUGCGGAGAACCACAGCCGUGGGAGGUGCACCGGCUGUUGCUGAGCCAGGUGCAGCAGUACGGCCCCCUGAUGAGGGCGCUGCUGCCCUUCCUCGCAGAGUCGUACGGCGAGCAGCUCAUCGCAUUUCGGAACGUCAAGGGAUUGGCGGUAAGUGCCAAAGAGGGAGGGAGGGAGGGAGGGAGGGGUGUGCUAUGAGUGUGAUGGUUGGUCAGGAUUUGCGUCUGCCUCACGAGUCCUAUCCGGCUGCUCGUGCGUCGCCCCGAGCCGUGCACAUCCACGUGGGCCCCACCAACAGCGGCAAGACCCACCACGCCCUCAGACGACUUGCUACCGCACACACAGGCACGCAUCACAACACACUUCACUUGGACAGACUGACGGAAAGACCACGCCUCCACACAAUCGUGUGUGUGUGUGUAGGUGUGUAUUGCGGCCCAUUGCGUCUGCUUGCGUGGGAGGUGCACGAGAAGCUGACAGCGGGGGGCAUCAAGUGCGACCUGCUCACCGGACAGGAAACCGUCAAACAAGACGUACGCACACACACACACACACGGCGAUUGAUGCCAUCCUAUGCACACCAAGUGUGAAGAAAACCGAGUGCACUGGUCUGGUGUGGUCUCUGUGUGUGUGUGCCAUAGGGUUCUCAUCACCUGUCGUGUACAGUAGAGAUGGCGCCCAUGGGUGUGCCGGUGGAGUGUGCCGUCAUCGACGAGAUGCAGAUGGUCGGCGACAAACAGCGGGGUGCCGCGUGGACCAGGGCAUUCCUCGCCAUUCAGGUACUCAACGCACCCUCGUCAGUCACACACAGACGGGACGGGAGACGAUCCUGAUGGGUCGUAUGUGCGUGUGCGUGUAGGCCGAGGAGCUGCAUGUGUGUGGCGACCCCCGGUUUGCGGAGCUCAUUAGAGAGAUCGCCGCAGACUGCGGCGACCAGGUCAGGUUGGUCAGACAAACCAAGACACCCACACCCCCCACCCCACCGCAUGGCAUGUUGUGUGUUCACCCAUCCCCAUGAAUCGUUCAGGUGUUCCUGCAUUCGUACGAGCGGCUGUCUCCUUUAUCUGUGGCACCGUCGUCUCUGUCGUCAUUGGAUGCGGUGGAGGACCACGACUGCGUCAUAUGCUUCACGCGCAAAGACAUCCUCAGGAUGAAAAGAGACCUAGAGAAGCUAGGUAGGCAGGUACCUACCUGCUGGACGGGCGCCUGUCCAUAUGCUAUGCGUGUGUGUGUAGGUCGGAGUGUGUGUGUGGUGUACGGCUCAUUGCCCCCCGAGACGCGCAGGCAGCAGGCCCGGCUCUUCAACGACCCACACACACAAGUACGCACACACAACGACAGCAACACAGCACAUGCACCCACGUGCCUCUCCAUCCCUCCCUCCCUCCCUGCCCCGGUCAGCACCGUGUGUUGGUGGCGUCCGACGCUGUGGGUAUGGGGCUGAAUCUGAAUAUCCGGCGCAUAGUCUUCCGCUCACUCAAGAAGUAUGACGGCAGCGGUGUUCGGCAGCUCACGCCUUUAGAGAUCAAACAAAUCGCCGGACGCGCCGGCAGGUAAGGUACUUGUGGGGGUGGGUGAGGUAGGCAGGGGAUGUGUGUGCGUGUGCGUGUGGGAUGAUGUGUAGGUAUCAGAGCGAGCACCCGGAGGGCUGGGUGACGUGUCUCAGGGAAGACGAAUUCGACACUCUCAAAGAGGCAAUGGGAGGUGAGCUGCGAGCCAGACACACCACACAAGCAUCCCCUCACACCACAUCACACAACUUCUCACCUCUCCCCUCCCUCCCUCCCUCCCUCCCUGUGUGAGCUACAGCCCCUGUGGACAGUGAUGCGGUCGAUCGCGCCGGCCUUUUCCCGACAUUUGAACAAUUUGACGCGUUCAGGUAUGGACCCCCCCCCCGCCCCCGAAACACACCACACACUGCACCAUGCCUCACCCACUCGCUGCGUGAAUGCAGUCGUGAGCUGGAGGGCGAAGCGAAGAGGCCGCUGCCCUUCGACGAACUACUGCAAAGGUGCCCACACACACAUACACAGGGAGAGUCGAAGCACUCUUUUCGACUGUCUGUCUGUCUGUGAGCAGGUAUCUGGAGUUGUCGGCAGUGAGCUCCAAGUACUUCGUGGUGGACAGCGACAACACAUUGCGGCUGGCCAGGGCUUUGCAGGACGUCACCAACUUGCAGCGGGUGGAGCUGUUUGACUUCUGCCAGGCCCCGGUGGACGCCGACGACCUCGUUGCCGUCACCGCACUCAGGACAUUCGCGCAGUACUACAGGUAGGUGAUUUGAUGGGUCAAACCACACGCAGAGAGGGGAGGAAGGGCUGGCUGAUGAGCAAAUGGAUGUGUGUGUCGUCUGUCUUCAGUUCGUUCAUGAGUGUGCCUUUGCCGAGUGCGUAUGACGUGGCUCGUGAUGGGGUCGAGUUGGAGCCGCCCAGGACCUUCAACGAGCUCUACCAUUACGAGCUGCUCUACAAGGUCCGUCUCACAUUCCACACCAACACACAGGCUGCCUUCUUGAAUGUCCGCGCGCGUCUGUGCACCACCACAUCAAUCAGAUAUUGGACACCUACGUGUGGCUGGCCCGCCGCUACUCGACCGACGUCUUUCCCGACACCCAUUCAGCGCAGUCCAGCAAGCAGCGGCUGGCGGCCCUCAUCAACGACGGCCUCAGCAACACCGCCCACCCCAUUACGAGCGAAGACUUCAUCUCGGCCAUACGGGAUGACAACGACCCCUGUGCAGAGACCGACAGCUCAGCCAUGGAGGAGGGGCAGCAGAGGCCGAGUGCGUUGGCAGAGGCGAUAGAGGACACAGUGGAGGAGGACAGGAUCCGCCGCACUUACCUGGAGGACAUGUCGGUGGAGCGGCAGCAGCAGGAGCGGCUGCUCGCUAUGAUGGCCUCCCAGGGAUUUGUCAUGCCCACGACCCCCACCACCACAACCAACCGAGGGAAGGCCGGCAGCAGCAAGACGGCCCCGCCCCGCCCCCCUGUGUGUGUGCCGACGUCCUCUCUGUUCAAGCAGCACCGGCAGCCGAUUUCUGCAGACGUCACCGUGCCCAGCACACGAGAGAACAAGACCGGCAAGAAGACACACGCGACUUCACGGGCACGUCUGCAGCUGAUAGAUGAGAUCCAUCGGGCAACGGAUGAACGAGACAACAAAUCCGACACGCAGCCACCGCCUGUGUCGACUGCUGACCAUUGCAAGGAGGGAGAGCCCGAGGCAGGAAGGGAGAGCAAGAGCCGCAUCAUCCAGUUCAACGACGAUGGUACGCCAUUCACACACACACACACACACACGCCGCCACACAGCACAGCACACUCACCCACAUGGUCGCUGUCUGCCCUCUUGUGCCUUUUCUCCCAACAGCACAGCAAGAGACGCAGGACGGCAAAGCCCCACUCCCUCUCUCGUCACACACUGCUUCCGUCGGGGUCCGCCGGAGUGCAUGGCGGCCCGCGAUGAGCAUCGAUACAGCACGAGACAUCACCACCAGCAGCAGCAAGGUCAACGUCCUGAAGCGGGGUGUAUUUCGACGUGACGGCCAGCGGACGACUCUAGAUAGUGCAGCAGCAGCUGCUGCCUCGGGAGGGGCAGGGGGGGGGGGAUGACGAGAGCCUCGCUGACAGGCUGGUGAGCAAAUGAAGGAAGCUAUAGUUCAACAUAGUGAGUGCCACGUGUGUGUGCUUAAUUGUGGGUUGGUUGUGUUGAUGCAGGCAGGCGAUGCGAUGCCUGUGUCAACCAGCCCGUCCCUUGACUGACUGACUCGGCUUCUUUGAGUGCCCACCCCACCCCCCUAUCAAACCAAUGAGUGGAUGGAUGGAUGGAUGGCGUAGCAGGAAGAUAGGUAGGUAGGGUGGUGUGGCGUAUAGUAUAGAGCUCUAGUCGGUCAGUCUCCACGGGAUGGGUCACGGAUGUGGUUGAUGUGCGUGAGUGUGCACUUAAUGGACAUGCACAGCACUGCGGGACGCUUUACUCGUAUCGUGUUUGACUGACUUGUGUGUCUCCAACACACACACACAGUCUCAACUCACUGAUCGAAGGAUAUGUGUGUGUGUCGUCCACGGAUGCCCUGAUCUGCGCC